UGUUUUCAAGUAAACAUAUGUUUUGAAAUCUCUCCCUUCAACAUGAACAUGUUGUCCAUUCUUUUUUAGCUUAUAAUGCAUAAUAGCUUCAUAUUGAAAUAAGCUUACUCUGCAGUUAAUAUUUAGCUUGUGCUAUACAUCGUUUUUAAAUUAACCCACCAUCUAUCCGUCAUCCAACAAUAUUUAUCCCUUUGUGUAUUUACAUUACUCAAUUGACAAUCUUUUUUUAUUGUUUCCUCCAUAUCUUGAUGUCUCAAUUAUCCAUUUCAUGUGAUACCAACAGUCUACAGCCUGUUGAGUGUGAAUUAAUCCCUUGUAAAAUUGAUUACACCGGUAAAGCUAAGGUGGCUAGCUAUUUCAAACCAACAAUCAGUGAAACGUCUAAAUCAACUUAUAUUGGAUCAUUCAGAGGUAAACCAUUGGAUGGUGGAGACUUGACACUUGGUGAAGAUACAAUUGGUGUUGUCUGUGAAAAAACAUUUGGAUCACUUGAUAAAACUAAGUUGAAACCAAUUGGUAAAUUUGACAAAAUCAGAGCCUGGAAUUGGGACACAAAGCCAUCUUCAAAUGAUGUUUCAGCUCAGGCCUUACAGUGGUUAACAAUAUCAGCAGCUAUUCACGAACCCAUUUCUCCUGACAACUUGAAGGAAGAGGAGACUGAAGAAAAUAAUUAAUCAGUUGUUUAGUUUGUGCUUGCAGUGAUUACUCAUCAGUUUAUUAUCAUAAUUCACUGCCAUCAUGGAGAACGGAAUUGAAAAGACAUUCAAUUUUAAAUAUGAUCGUUAUGGUAUAGACAUCAGCCAUCAGCUGGUGAUUCCUUUACCAUCAUGUGUUAAUAUUGCAGAAAUAGCCUACUAUAUUUUUAACCAUUAUAAUAUUCCACCCAAUUUAGAGGAUAUUUUAUUUAACCAAUUGAGCCAGUUCGUUAAGGAGGAAGAAGAGGAAUACGAAUUACGGGGAUUUAUAGAAGCCCAAGAGCGAUUCAUCAAGGAUGAAAACAUACAAGAAAGAAGUGAACAUUUACUCAAUUUUGAUAAGCUCUUAUUGAACAAAA